AUGCCACCGGCUUCAAAGAAAAAGAAAAACACGAGAGAAUACAUUUGGAUUUACGGAUGUCCUACGCUGAAGGAAGGGUGCUUCGAGUUUCACCCAAAUGUGCAAGAACACAUUGAGACGUCGUACAAUAGAGGAAAGAAAAUGUGUCAAAUUUACGUUUUUGGUGAUACGUGGGAUUUGGAUUUUGUUCAAAUGAUUAGAACGAAGAAAGAUGAUCAUGAUAAAUAUCAGAUCAAAAGGAUUCUCCCAAACAAGGCAAAAAAAUAUAUGCUUCAAGGAAUAUCUGAAGCAAAUUACAAGAAAAUGGAAGGGUUCCGGCAAACUGACAAUAUUUGCAACAUUUGUCUCUACCCACCAUCAAUUCCAACAAGAAUUCAAGAUUGUGGACAUGAAUUUUGUUUCGCUUGCUUGAAAAGCAACUACAUGAUGGGUCUGGAGUGUCCAACAUGCCGAGGAAGAAUUCCAUCCGAGUUGUUCCGUGAUCCCAAACGAUAUGAUCUACCAAUUGAUAUCGAGUGUCCAAUCGAGUACGCUAAUGAUUGUACCUCUAUGUUCGCAUUGACGGAAGAAGGAAAAGGCUCUGCAAAUUCGUCUGUGCAACUACGCCGAUCUCAACGAUCUACUAGAACCAAGUACUAUUGGAUUUAUCAGGCAACCGACUACGGAUGGUAUCGGUACGACCCAAAAAACGAGAAGUAUUUGGAGGAAAGUUACAUUCGGAAGAAAUCUAGUUGUACUAUUUUCAUAUGUGGAUUCAAAAUGUCCAUUAACCUUAAGUCCAAUGUACAGGAAAGAAUUUCCGAAGGAGAAGUGCAUAGGAGAAAAAUCAAAAGAAUCAAAGCUGGAGAUCUCAAAAAUCAUCGUGUGAGAGGAAUCUCUGGAAUUCAAUCGUAUGCUUAUCCAGUCAUCAGUGAAUAA